AUGGCUCUGGGAAAACACCCUUCUCUACAAGCAGAGUUAAGCAGCUGGUGUAAGGAUGCGGGCAUUCACGAGACGCAUGCUGUGAUGUUGUUCAAUGUACCUGCAGACACAGAAGUAGCGGUUAUUGAAGAUGUAAUGCAAGGUGUAAAAGUCCUUGGAAAAAUUCAUGUAAGAGACACAAGGGAAGGACCUACCUCACAUACUAUGCUGGUGUUGUGCGAGUGCAAACAAGUUGUUGACGCCACACGCAUACCCCCUGAAGUGACUCCUGAUGAAACAGGUGGGCCCUGGACAGUCGUAGUAGUCCCUGCAAAAGAAACCUUACCUGACGCUCCAUCUGAAGGAUUUACUGAAAAGCUUACCAAGUUCCUGAUGGGAGAAGGAAAGUCAUUAGCAGAUAUACACGCUCUCUUUACUCCACGCAGCUCAGCCGAUGGGUCUCCUGAAUCCAUAAUACGCGCAGUGGGGGAGAUCUUGGAAAAGACUGCAAAGCCCUCUGGAGACAGCAGUGCGUACAGACGAUUACAUACCUUCUCUGCCAUAAUGCCAACACCCAUGGGAGAAGAAAAUAUGGAGAACUGGAUGGAACAAGCCCGUUUAAUGAUAACAGAGUGUGAGUGCUCCGAAAAAGAAAAACGACGCAGAGUUAUUGAAAGUGUCAAAGGGCCGGCAUUGGAAAUAAUAAGAGCUGUUCGUUUCUCCAAUCCUGAGGCAAGUGCAUUGCAGUAUUUGGAGGCAUUAGAGAGUACCUUUGGAUCAUCAGAGUCUGGGGUGGACUUGUACUUCAAGUUUCGUUUGAUGCGUCAAACUCCGGGUGAGGCUCUAUCUGAGUUCCUAAGACGGAUUGAUAAAGCCCUUAACAAAGUAGGGAACGUGAUGGAUUGUCUCCCAGACUGGUGA